AUGGUUGUGGAUGUGGUGGUGGUGGGCGCGGGGCUCAGCGGGCUGCGCGCCGCCGUCGAGGUGCACCGCGCGGGGCUGACGUGCGUGGUGCUCGAGGCCAUGGACCGCGUCGGCGGCAAGGUGCUCUCGGUCGACGCGGCGCCCGCGCUCGACGGCCAGGGCGAGGGCUCGCGGCGCAAGGUCGUCGAUCUCGGCGCCGCCUGGAUCAACGACACGUCGCAGAGCGAGAUGUUCGCCCUUGCCAACAGGUUCAAGCUCGACCUCAUCGAGCAGCGCAUCGCCGGCCGCUACCUCCGCCAGGAGCGUGACGGGGGUGUCGUGCAGUACCCCUUGGGCUUUGGCGAAGAUAUAGAAGACCCCCAGGUCAUCGGCGUGUACCAGAUGAUCAAGCACCUGUCCGAGAGCUGGCUCGGCCCCGACGCCAAGGCGUUCGACUCGGUGACGUUCAGGGCGCUGGCCGAGGCCAACUUCCCGGACAACCAGGCGGUGGGCGAAGCGGCUGAUUUCCUGGCGGGCGCGCUGCUCGGCGUCGGCGCCGACGAGAUCAGCGCCCUGUUCAUGAUCGAGCACACCAAGAGCGGGACGGGGCUGGAGAACAUGGCGUCAGACCUGCCCGACGGGGGCCAGUAUCUGCGGGUCCGCCAAGGCGCACAGUCCUUCGCUACGGGCCUCGAAAAGCUCUUGCCUCGGGGCACAGUGCAUCUCAAGUCGCCCGUGACCAAGAUCACGCAGAACCUCGACGGCGGGUGCAUCACGACGACAGACAAAGGAAGCAUAUUCCACAGCAAAAAGGUCAUCAUGUCGCUUCCGACGCCGCUGCAUAACACGGUGAUCUUCGACCCGCCCCUACCCGGCGCGCGGCAAGAGCUCGCGGAGCGCACGGCGCUAGGGUACCACGCCAAGGUGGUGCUAGUGUUUGCGAGCCCGUGGUGGCGCGAGGCGCGGCUGUCGGGGGUGAUGGAGUCGACCACAACAGGACCGAUCGCGUUCACGCGCGACACCUGCAGCGAGGAGGACGGACAGUACAGCAUCACGUGCUUCAUGGUGGGCGAGCGCGGGCGCGAGUGGUCGGAUCUGAGCGCCGCCGAGCGCGAGGAGCAGGUGCUGGAGCACUUUUACGAAGUGUUCCGCGGCGCGCUGCCCGAGGACGACCUGCCGCGCCCCGUCAACGUCAUCGAGAAGGAGUGGACCAAGGACCCCUGGAUCCGCGGCGGGCCCACCCCCGUCAUGCCCCCCGACUUGUUCGACACGACUGCCGGGGCUGCGCUGUACGUGCCCUUUAGGGACGUGCAUUUUGUGGGUGCCGAGAUGGCCGAUGUUUGGAGGGGCUACAUGGAGGGCGCCGUAAGGUCGGGCAUCUCGGGGGCUGAGGAGGUCAUUGGACGUUUGCAGAAUGUAGGAUUGGGACUCGACCAUGAGAUACACUCAAGGCUCUAA